AUGGCUUCAGCAGAGAUGGCCACCAUUGUGCUCGAUCUCACGUCAGAGAUGCCAAGGGUCAAUGAUGGGCGCUACACCAGGCUAGUGAACGAGUUGAGUGCUGGCCUGGGACCUGAAGACGAAGCCGGCGGGAUGGUGAUCGCGUUAGUGGUGCGAAACACAAACGUAAUCUCCGGUAACGAUGUGGUUGCCAAAUUUGAGACGGCGGUUAAGGCUUGGAGUACCGCCUGUGAAGGUGUCAAUACAUCCUGGAAUCGCCUUUUCGCCUUCUCACAGACAUACAGAAACGCCGGAGUGAAGGAGUUGGCCAAACGCCUGCCCACUGCUCUUAAGAGUGAGCGUCUGCAAGUCCAAGGUCAGAUCGAGGAACAUCGAUUCAAGCUGGCCCGCCGGCUGGAGCGUGCACGAGCUCGCCGAAGUCACGCUUCUAAUCCAUCUGCUGCACGCACUUUAGCAGAGCCUCAGGGCCAGGCAACUAGGUCGCACCAUGAGAUCCCGCUUCAGAAGACUUCCAAGACAUGGACUCGGGAGGAGCAGAAGAAGACGGCUGACAAUCAGUCUACGAAGACUACAAGCACCAUCCCACCUUCCGGACCCAAAGCUCCAGUUCUACCAGGUGAGAAGACUUGCUUCUUCUACUGCGGCCAUGGGGGUUGCAGGAAGACGCCUACAACAUGCAAAUUCCUGCACGAGAUGACAGAUCCACUGGUCAUUGCAAAUCCACCGCCUCAGUACGAACAUCCUAGCGAAGACUGCGGUAUCCGUGCAUGCCCUGUCAUGAUAACUCGUCGACAGAUCCAAGCCCGAGAACCAACCACACCAGGCGCGAGGUCCGCACUCCGUCAGAGUUUGCCCUACCGACUCGAGGAUGGCAUCGCUGCCUCACCGCCCCUGAUCCUUGCCCUGCUGCGUACAACCCACCCACAGCUCAGCCUGGCAAUGCCGACUUCUAAGCCCUGA